AUGGCGACAAUGGCUGAAUUUAUACAGCAAUCUGAAAUAAAUGAUGGAAUACGCUUUUCCUGGAAUGCUUGGCCUAUUUCUCGGCUAGAAUCUGCUCAGUGUGUUGUGCCUAUUGGAUGUUUGUAUACUCUGUUCAAAGAACGUUAUGAUUUCCCACCAAUUAAUUAUGAUCCAGUGUUCUGCAGUCGAUGUCGUGGUAUUCUUAACCCCUAUUGUCCGUUUGAUAUUAGAACUCGUACAUGGACAUGUUGUUUAUGUAAUACACGAAAUAGUUUUCCACCUCAAUAUGCAGGAAUGACUGAACAAAAAUUACCCGCAGAAUUGAUGGCUCAGUUUACUACACUUGAAUAUACCAUCCCAAAAGUUCAACUUGUUCCUCCCAUUUUUAUGUUUGUUAUUGAUACAUGUAUUGAAGAACCAGAAUUUACUCAUCUUAAAGAGUCUAUUCAGUUAUCAUUGAGUUUCCUACCACCACAUGCUUUUGUUGGUUUAAUCACUUUUGGAAAAAUGGUACAUGUUCAUGAAUUGGAAGCAGGACCUAUUUCUAAAUCAUGGGUAUUUAAAGGGACAAAAGAUUAUACAGGGAAUCAAAUUCAGGUUAUGUUAAGUGUUGGUCGUAGUUCAGUUACAAAUGCUAAUCAACCUGCUUCUGUAUUCAAUGCAAAUUCUCCUCCAGGUGCGCCCAAAGGUGUCUACAGUGCUGAAAAGCAAUUUCAACAACCACAAAUGGCUCAAUUGCCAUACAAUAGAUUUAUUCAACCAAUGGAACGGUGUGAUGCUUUAAUCACUGAUUUACUUACUGAAUUACAACCAGAUCCUUGGCCUGUACCUCAAGGUAAACGUCCUUUACGUUCAGUUGGUACAGCAUUAAGUAUUGCAGUUGGUUUAUUAGAAGCUGCUUAUCCUAAUACUGGAGCUAGAGUUAUGCUAUUUCUUGGUGGUCCAUGUACUCAAGGUCCUGGUAUGGUAGUUGAUGAUGAUUUAAAAAAUAUUAUACGUUCACAUCAUGAUAUGGAAAAAGAUAAUUGUAAAUAUAUGCGAAGAGCAAUGAAACACUAUGAAGGAUUAGCUAAUCGUGCUGCACAAAAUCUUCAUGUUGUCGAUAUAUUCAGUUGUUCAUUAGAUCAAACUGGUUUACAUGAAUUACGUUAUUUAACUAAUUAUACUGGUGGUCAUAUGAUUAUGGGUGAUAGUUUUGCAUCAAAUUUAUUUCAACAAACCUAUCGUCGUGUUUUUAAUAAAGAUGCUUCUGGUUCAUUUUUAAUGGGAUUAGCUGGUCAAAUGGAAGUGAAGACAUCGAAAGAACUGAAGGUAUCUGGUUGUAUCGGACCAUGUUUUUCGGCUAACGUUAAGACGCCUAAUACUGGUGAACAGGAAGUUGGAAUUGGUCGUACUUCUGUUUGGCGAUUAAACGGUUUCACUCCAUCAACUACAUUAGCUAUUUAUUUUGAAGUAGCUACUUCAGCUAGUAGUGGUGGAGGAGUACAAAUGCCUCCAGGUAGUAAUGGUAGAGGUUAUGUACAAUUUGUUACACAAUAUCAACGUGCUAAUGGCCAGCGUAAACUACGAGUCACGACAGUAUGUCGUAAUUGGAUUGAUUCAACUACACAAUUACCACAUAUGAUAUGUGGAUUUGAUCAAGAAGCGGCUACUGUAUUGAUUGCACGAAUGGCCAUGUUUAAAGCUGAAACAACAGAUAGCGUUGAUGUAUUACGAUGGUUGGAUAGGCAACUUAUUAAAUUAUGUCAUAAAUUUGGAGAUUAUCGUAAAGAUGAUCCAACAUCAUUUCGAUUGCCUGGUGAAUUUUCAUUCUAUCCUCAAUUUAUGUUUCAUAUGCGGCGUUCACAAUUUUUACAAGUUUUUAAUAAUAGUCCAGAUGAAACAGCUUAUUAUCGUCAUGUUUUAAAUAAAGAAGAUUGUUCCAAUUCAUUAUUAAUGAUACAACCAUCAUUGACAUCAUUCAAUUUAGAUGGAAGUGAAGAACCAGUUUUAUUAGAUUCUAGUAGUAUACAACCAGAACGUGUAUUAUUAAUGGAUAGUUUUUUCUUAAUACUUAUUUAUGAAGGUGAUACAAUUGCUAAAUGGAAGAAAGCUGGAUAUCUGGAUAUGCCUGAAUAUGCCCAUAUUAAACAAAUUCUUGAUAAACCGAGAUAUGAAGCACAAGAAUUAUUGAAAACACGUUUUCCAGUAUCACGUUAUGUUGAAACAGAACAUGAUGGUAGUCAAGCAAGAUUUUUAUUAUCUAAAGUUAAUCCAUCAUUAACACAUCAUACAAUGUAUUCAUUUGGUCAGGAUUCCGGUAGUGCAGUACUAACGGAUGAUGUAUCACUUCAAGGAUUUAUGGAACAUUUAAAGAAAUUAGCUGUCUCUAGUUCUGCAUAG